AUGACAGCAAAGGAAGAGCAAGAGCCCGCAGUGACGAACUUGCCCGGCAAUAAGAUGUUUGCACUUUCUCCGCGGAAGAAGUGUCGGAGUUACAAGUGGACGGAGGAAGAUUUGGAGGACCGGGUGGCAACGGAUGACCGGAUCCACCCGCAGCGGAGGUUGCUCACGCCGUUUCUCCGGCACAAGACGAUAACGCCGAUCCCGGAGACCAGCAGGGAGCGGAACGAGUUCCCGUUCAGAAACACGAAUCUCUUCAGUGAGCUUUUCUUCACUUGGGUGGACCCCGUGUUGCGAGUCGGGUAUUUGCGGACUUUGCAGGCGGAGGACUUGUUCCGGAUCCCGGCCGGGUCGCGGUACGACGUGGAGGAGCGCACAAAGACGUUUCUGGCGGCGUUUAAGCGGCGGAAGCAGCAGGCGGAGCUCCGGUACCUGGAAUUGCACAAGAUUGCCGACACGGGCGACUCACGGCGUGAACUCGGCCACGACGAGCACUUCCAGUACCCCAAGCACUUGGUACUCGGUGCUUUGUACGACACCUUCAAGGUGGACUACCUGGUGGCCAUCUGCAUCAAGCUUGUGGCCGAUAUUGCCCAGGCCAUGAACUCGCUCCUCGUCCGGGGGCUCAUCAGCUAUGUGAACGAAAAGGCACACGGCAUGAACCCGGGCGGCAAGGGCUACGGGUACGCGGUGGGCAUCUCGUGCAUCGUGAUGUUUACCGGGCUGCUGUUUGCCCGGUACUUCCACGACUCGAUGUUCUGCGGCGCCGAGAUGAAAGGUGUCUUGACCAAGGCCUUGCUCGACAAGUCGUUUGCCGUCGAUCGAUCCGAGAGGGUCAGGUUCCCGCCCUCUGAGUUGUCCUCCUUCAUGGGCAACGACCUCUCGAAAAUCGACCUUGCCGCGAGCUUUUUCGCCUUUGUGACCAACCUCCCGGUCGGAUUGGCCUUGACCAUCAUUCUUUUGAGCGUCAACGUGGGUGGGGCCGCACUAUCCGGCAUAGCAUGGUUCGUCUUGGUCACUGUCGCCGUCACUUACUGCGUCAGGAUCCUCAUGAGGCUCCGGGUGGGUGCAAACGUGUCCACAGACCUCCGAAUUAGGUAUGUGAAGGAGAUCUUGGGCAGCAUUAAGAUCAUCAAGUACUACGCGUGGGAGAUCCCUUACUCGCAGAUGCUCGCCAAGUUCCGGACCUCCGAGAUGGCCCAGAUCUUGCGGAUCCAGUUCAUCCGUAACAAUCUUACCGCCGUGUCUGUCACCUUGCCCAACGUGUCUGCCAUGAUCGGUUUUCUCGUCAUGUACGCCGUCGACGGGUCGAUGAAGUCGCCCGCACAGGUCUUUGCGUCCUUGACCUUGUUCAACAUCUUGACCAGUCACGUUGCCAUGUUUCCCACCGCCUUGACCACUGCCGGUGAUGCGUUGGUUGCUUUUUACCGGGUGCAGCAGUUUCUCUUGGCCCGGGACGAGACUCCUGACCCGGAGUAUCACCUUGUUGGGCAGAGUGACAAGCUGAGUGCGAUUUCGAUCGAGCACGGGUCGUUUAAGUGGGAUGAGGAGGAGAGAGAUGAGGAGCAUCAAAGAGAUGGCAUCAAUGAGAACUCCAGCAAUACUUCCCUCAACUCCUCGUUCAACGAAAAAGCACCUGUUGGCGCCAAAGACGACACCGGCGGCUCCGAAGACGACACCGACGGCUCAGAGACACGAACCGGCGGCUCGUUCGGUGGCCUAGUGGACAUUAACAUCAGUAUAAAGCAGGGAGAGUUCGUUGUGGUCACCGGGCCGAUCGGAUCGGGUAAAUCGUCACUUCUCAGUGCCAUAAAGGGUGUGAUGCCCCGGACUGCCGGCAGCAUCACCAUUUCCGGCAACGUGACACUCUGUGGCUCACCUUGGAUCCAGAAUGCAACCGUCCGCGACAAUAUCUUCUUUGGCAACCCGCGGGAUGAAGAAAAGUACCAGACCGUGGUGGAUGCGUGUUCAUUGAGCAGUGACUUCGAUAUUUUGCCGGCGGGCGACUUGACUGAGAUCGGAGAGCGAGGUGUGAACCUCUCGGGUGGCCAGAAGGCCCGGAUCAACUUGGCCCGGGCAGUUUACAACGUGGCCGGGUUCGAGGACCGCAACAUUGUGCUUUUUGACGAUGUGUUGAGCGCGGUGGACGCGAAAGUGGGCCGGCACAUCAUGAAUGAGUGCAUUCUGGGGCUCUUGGGGUCGAAGACCCGGGUGUUGGCUACGCACCAGUUGGCUUUGAUAGGUGCUGCAGACCGGAUUGUGUUCAUGGGAGGAGACGGGGGUCUGGAUAUGGGCACUGAGGAGGAAUUGCUGGAGAGAAACGGGCAGUUCCGGGAGUUGAUGGAGUACCAGAUGGAGGAGACGAGGGGGGAAGAGAAAGAGAAAGAGGGAGAGGAGGAUGAGCAGGAGGAUGAAAAGAAGAAAGAGGAUGAUGAGGAAGAUGAAGAAGAUGAAGAUAAUGAUCUCGGCUCCUCCCUCUCACUGUCUCCCCCCUCGGUCUCGCCUGAAGACCUCAAGGUGAUCCGCAGACAGACUACAAAGAAAGAGUACGAGCAAGAGAAAGGAAGACUCAUCCGGCAGGAAACCCGCAAGGAGAACGGGAUCCCCCUGGAGAUGGUGGUGGCAUACAUCCGGGAAGGGUGCGACAAGUACGGGAUGCGGUUCAUGGUGCCCAACUUGGUGUUGAGCAUCACGUUCACGACGUUCACGAUGCUCUUCCAGAACGUGUGGUUGUCGUUCUGGACGUCGCACGAGUUCCCGCGGUCCAACAACUUCUACAUCGGCAUCUACAUCCUGUUCACGUUCCUCUUCGUGAUGUGUGCGGCCUGGCAGUUCUGCACGAUCGUGUUUGUGUGCAACAACGCCUCUCGCAACCUCAACAUCAAGGCCAUGGACCGCGUGAUGCACGCACCGAUGGCCUUCUUUGACACCACGCCCAUGGGCCGGGUCCUCAAUCGCUUCACGAAGGAUACAGACACGCUUGACAACGAGAUCGCAGAGCAGGCCCGGCUCUUCUGCUUCGGCCUGGGCAACAUGAUCGGCAUCUUGCUCAUGUGCUGCGUGUACCUGCCCUACUUCACGAUCGCCGUGCCCUUCAUCUUCGUCUGGACGGUCGUCGUGUUCUCCUACUACCAGGCCAGUGCACGCGAGAUCAAGCGUUUGGAAGGUGUGCAGCGAUCACGUGUGUUUGCCAACUUCGACGAGGUCUUGCAAGGUGUCGAAACCAUUAAGUACUACGGGGCAGAGCCGCGGUUCGAAUCCCGGUUCACGCGGCUCGUCAACGACAUGAACGAGCCCUACCUCCUCUCGAACUCCGUCCAGCGGUGGUUGGCCGUGCGGUUGCACAUCUGCUCGGCACUCGUCAACCUCGUCGUGAGUCUGCUCUCGGUGACAAGGGCCUUCCCCAUCUCCGCCUCCGCCUCAGGCUUGCUCGUGUCCUACCUCGUGUCCUUCAGUGCCCAGUUGAUCUCCACCUCGCGUUCCGGCGGCCAGCUCGAGCAGUACUUGAGCUGUGUCGAGCGGAUCGCCGAGUAUGCCUUCGAGCUGCCCCAGGAGGCCCGGUACCGCACUCCACGGGGCCAUGAACCACCUGCCGAGUGGCCCCAGCACGGCCAGAUCGACUUCUCGCACGUCUUUCUCCGCUACAGACCCGAGCUCCCCCACGUGUUGUCCGAUUUCUCGCUCCACGUGCGGCCCGGCGAGAAAAUCGGCAUCUGCGGCCGAACGGGGGCUGGAAAAUCCACCAUCAUGACCGCCUUGUACCGGCUGAGCGAGCCCGAGUCCGGAUCCAUCGUCAUCGAUGGCAUCAACACCCUCGACCUCGGCCUAUACGACCUCCGGGCCCAUCUCUCCAUCAUCCCGCAGGAACCCGUCUUGUUCCGCGGCACCAUCCGCCAGAACCUCGACCCUUUCCAUACCAGAUCCGACCACACGCUCUACCAGGCACUUCUGACGGCCGGCUGUGUCUCGGCUGCCCAAAUCCACUCCGGGUCCGUGUCCUCGUCCAAAUUCGCAUUGGAUGCAUUCGUCGAUGACAACGGCCUCAACUUCUCGCUCGGCGAGAGGCAGGUGCUCGCCCUCUGCCGGGCCUUGGUCAAGGACACACGCAUCUUGGUCUUGGAUGAGGCCACUUCCAGUGUUGACUACGAAACUGACGCCAGAAUCCAGCACACCAUCUCUCACCAGUUCCAGAACUGCACCAUCCUCUGCAUCGCCCACCGUUUGAAGACCAUCGUCAACUACGACCGCAUCCUUGUCAUGGACCGCGGCCGCUUGAACCAGUUCGACACGCCCUGGGCCUUGUUCAAUUCCCGCGGCAUCUUCCGGUCCAUGUGCGACAAGUCCGGGAUCACUGCCGACGAUUUUGAGGUUGAUGGGGCAGCUUCUUAA